GGUAAACUCCACGAGGUCACACAGAUCCGUGGCACAGACCGAGGGUGUGCGCGUCGUGUUGAAGAGCUGAAUCUGUAUCUUCGAUGGAAGAAGAAGACCAAACACAGACCUCCGUAGCAGCAGAAGCAGUAGAACAAGAACAAGAACAAGAACGAAAACGAUUGGAGGAAGAUAACGUAGUGCAAUUUCUAGAUUCGCUGGAUGGCUAUCUAACCCUAAUAGAUUCAUUGUCUUCAACACUCCGCCAGGGAUGGAUGGAGUUGGCCAGUGCUCGACAUUCUAUGGGUGCGUCACGAAUCAAUGGUGCUUUGUUGGACCUGAAAUUCCACUCUGCUGCUACAUCGUUGCAAGUAACUGGAGAUGAAGUUGACUACAAGUUGAAGCAACCGCAUUUUGCAUUGUGCAAAUGGGCGUCCUCCAAGAAUGGAAAAUGCUGUUCUGGAGAAGAAGAAUUUAUGGAGGACAAGUUGCAGAUGAAAUCUGAUAGUCCCCAGCUAAGACACCGUUCCCCCCAGUUUUCUGGAACUUUGGAGAAAAGUCCAGCAAAAAAUGGAGCUCCUCUUAUAGUUGAUGAUGAAGUUCAAAAGGAGCGAUCUAAAUCACUAUCAAUGUUUGGGACUUUGGUUUCCCCAAAGCUUCGAGCUGCCCAGCUUUCAUUUGAGACAGCUCUUGAAACACUCAUAGAAAUAGCAAACAUGCGUUCAACAAUGCUUUCUACUUCUGAUCAAGUCCAAAAAGACUUGGAAGGCCCAAAGGGAUGACAAGAAAAGGUAUAUACAAUCUUAUUGCUUGAAAGUCAGAUGCUUUCCCUCCCACCCAACCAGGCAAUGUUAAUAUUUUAGACAAUGAGCAGCAGUAUUGGAGUGGGUUCAGUUGAACCCUGAUAACAUGAUUGUUGUGUUUACUUUAAAUUUUUGGAUCUGGCCUUGUAGUUCAUACAUGGAAAGGAAAAAAUGACUAAGAAAAAAAAAAUUGUCAUCUUAAGCUGUGGGGAGGUUUUGUCUGAAGGUUUAAUCUGAUCAAUGAUUGUAGCGUGGACUUGAGAUUCCACAGUUCAAGUUUUUACUAGAUAGCAGUUGGAACUUGUGUUAAAAUUAUCUUCCUCCAACUAUGAUGUCUUCUGUAUGUCACGUUAACAUUGUGUAGUUUCCAAUUGUUAUAACAUUAGUUUUUACUGAUAAAAUUGAGUCCACUUUUAAAUAAAUAAUUAUAAGUCUAUUGCUUCC